AUGGCGCAGGGUAUCGAUACUGCAUCUGAGGAUGCGAACUUCAAGGUGGCAUCAAACCCGGCGAAUGCUAAAAACCAGCCUCCACCAGAAAGUCCCGAGAGCAUAAAGACCCGGGGCCUUGUCAUCCUAUCCUUCUGGGCUGUAGUUGUUUUGCUUGGCUUACCAGUAUGGCUAUGGACUACCUCCAUAUACCGGGCGAGUUUGCCGCUCCAAGACAUGUUAGACUGGGCUGAUGGGAAGGCCUGCAAACCCACAUUCCCUCUUCAGAUCACCAUCGAAGCACCACUUCUUCAAGAACCUGAAGCAGCACAUCUCGUUCGUAUGACCCAACAUGCACUCGACGACCUCAAUGAGUUCUCCGCCCACCAUCUGCGUUUGCGAUUGGCAAAGUCCUUCCUCCCUCGAGAUCCUCAAAACGCGUCAAUGGCGGUAAUACAAGAUGGAUAUGCCGCUGGGUCUCACACACAAUAUGGCCGCACGGACGUGCUGGAUGAGGAAGCUUUGACGGUCAGAAUCCUGCCAAAGACCGGUGCUCAAGCAGCUUCAGCAGAACUGCGGUCUCAUUCAACCAGGCUCGACGUGUUCUAUGCCUCUAAUCAGACGCCCUCGGUCUCCUCGAGCUCUUCAAACUUGGCUACUUUCAUCGCCACCAAGCUGCAGGAGCUGUUCGCCGAGGAGCAAGCUAUCAUCGCCAAUAUCCUCCAGUCCGCCCAAACAAAGAGUCAAGCACCUCAGAUGUCCUCAUCUGCGUCUUCUGCGACGAGAGAGCUCAGAUCAAGGUCCCAUAGAUCUGUCAAUCCAGAACUUGUGGCGAAACUGGAUAGCCGUAUGGCUCGAUCUCUCAAAUACGCGCCAACAUAUCACAUAACCGUGUCCCUCUUCACGCCUUCUGCUGCACCAUCGUCAUGGGAGAUCGAGUCGGCCCUUGCGGAGUACUUCACCCCGCUGCUUGAUUCCAUAUCUGGUGUGAGUAAUUUCACCGUUGAUACUCAGGUGCAAUUGUAUGCGACAUUCUCUCCAUCGGUCCAUUCACCAGAAUACGACACAGAGCAACAGAUAUGGACCCUGCGAGAAGAAGAUCUGAGUGGGUUCAUUAACGCGGCUGAAUGGCCUUUGAGCCCAAGCAUAGGGGCUGGACCAACGCUCAACUUUGUACUCUACGUGCCUAAUCCCUCGACAUCACCACUGGUGGUCAAGGGAAGCCAAGCUUCGGGCUGGCUGAUCCCUCAAUGGGGUGGUGUGGUGAUCUUGAACCCUCAAGAUGCCAAUGCUACCUCCAAUGAAGCGACUCUGUCCAAGGAAUCGAUCCGGCCAGCGCUCCUGACCUUCUCCCAUCAGCUACUAUCAUUCUUGGGAGCUCCUCAAACUCCUCCAUCCCUACCGCUACAGCUACAAACUCUCACUCGCAUACGUGCCGCAUCGCUUCUUCUGUCUGCAUCAUCAACUAUGGGGUCGUUAGCUAAUCUUACCGUGGCCUUGCCUUCAAUUGCCAUUCCGGAGACGGUAUCAUCGGCAGUUGACACUACGAUGAUGCAUCUACGGACCACGUGUGAUGCUUUGAAGGAAGGUAGAUUCAGGGAUGCCUUGAAAAAUGCUCGGAUCGCUGAGGUUCAAGCUGAGAAGGGGUUCUUCGAAAAGAGUAUGGUUGGCCAAGUCUACUUCCCAGACGAGCAUAAGGUCGCUGUCUAUCUGCCAUUACUGGGGCCUGUAGGUGUGCCAUUAGUCAUGAGCGCUUUAAAGGAGUUGAGAAGACUAUGGGCCUCAAGAAAAGCAGGGCAGCAGGGCUGA